UCCUGUCUGAUAAAUGUGUUGACUAAGAUAACUUAUCCGAAAAAUAUCCAAAAGAUUUUAAAGAUCCUUAGUCAUAUUGUAUUUAUGAGUAAUAAGGAAAAGGACAUAACCAUAUUCAAGGAUAACUACAACUUUUUAUUAGAUUUAUACAUGAAUAGCAAUAUAUCAAUUAAAGAAUAUAUCUUAAAUAUCCUAGUACAAAUAUUAAAUAAGAAUUAUGAAUAUGUAGGUAGUUUGGUAGAAUAUAUGAACAAAGAAAAUUAUCAUAAUGAUAAUAACAAAGUAGGUGUUCAUGAAAAAGUAUGUGAUGAUAUCGUUUUAUUUUAUUUUAGUUAUGAUAUAAUAUUAUAUACUCUAUCUGCAAAGAUAGAAAAACAACCAUUUAAAGAUAAUAUAAUUUUUAAUCAUCCACAUAUUCCAAGUGAGUAUAAAGCUAAUCACAAUAUUAAUAAUGAUAUAAAUAGUGAUAUGAAUAAUAAUAUUAUUAAUAACUUUCAUUUCCAUAGUAUUUAUAAUAAUUUAAUAAAUAUUCCAUACAUUAAAGAAAUAAAUCUAGAUAUUGAUAAGACAAUAAGUGAUAACUUUUAUUCAUUGUGGAUAUGUAUCCUAAAAUUGAUAUACAAAAUGUUUCAUCAAAAAAAAGAAGAAAUAGUAAAGAAGAUAUGUUCUUUUUAUAUAGCAACUAUUAAUUAUUUAUAUGAAUAUUUUAAAAAUCAGACAUUAGGAAAAAUAUCAUAUGAACUAUCAAAUUUAUGUUUAGAUGUUGUUAUUGAAUAUAUGUGUUUAUUUAUUAUUCAUGAAACACAUAAUUUUUAUUUAACAUAUGAAUCUAUGAAUAUUAAAAUGUUAACUAACGAUAUAAUCAAAAGUACUAUUUUAAAAGUGAUUGAAUUUAAUUUUAUUUUAAAUGAUGAAAUAAAAAUAGAAAAAUGUAUAUAUAUAUUACACCUGUGUUUAAGUAUAUACAAAAAUGAUAUGAAAAAUGAAAAAUCAAUUAUAUACACAUAUAUAGCUCAAUUUGUAAUUAUAUAUUUAUUAAAAGUUUUAUUGAAAUAUUUUAGUAAAUAUUUCAAUUUCUAUAAUUACAUCCAACAAAAUCAAAACAAAAGGGCUGAACGAAAUGAUGCAAAUAAAAAUUAUAAUCUUCAUAAUAAUAAUAAUAAUAAUAAUUUUAAUGAUGAUGUUCAAAAAAACGGCAACGUAAUUUUUGAUGAAUAUAAAACUAUAGGAGAAGAAAAAUCGAAUAGAAAUAAAAAUAAUAUACCAGAUAUAUCAUUUGACAUACAAGGUAAUAAUACAAAUAAUUAUUGUUUGAAUCAUUUCAAGAAUGAUGUAAAUAAUAAUAACAACAACAACAACAACAACAACAACAACAAUAAUGAUAGUAAUAGUAAUAGUAAUAGCAACAGUGAACAAAUAUAUAAUAAAUUGAAUCAAUGUAAUAAAAAUCAUAUUAAAUACAUAUAUGAUAAUAUUAUAAAUUAUCAACAUGAUGAAAAUUUUUUAAAUGAAUUUACGCAUUUUCAAAAUGAUGUCAAAAAACUCUUCAAUAUAAAUUAUAUAAAUGAUUAUGAUAUUACUAAAACUUUUCUUAAUUUUAAUUUUUCAACAAUUAAUGAAGAUAAUUAUAGCUAUAUAAAUAAACAUAGCGUCUUUACUUUAAUUUCUAUUUUAUCUUUAUAUGAACCAAACUAUCUAAAUUAUAUUUUAAUUACAUUCUUAACAUAUUUCAAAAUUAAUAUCCCUAUCUUUAUCUUUUCCUUUUUCUAUCAAUCACAAUAUAUUCAUAAUAAAAAUAUACUCAAUUCAUUACUUAUUUUUAUUUAUAUAUUAACACAGAAUUAUAUAUUCACACCAUUCCCAUCCAUUUUUCUUCAAACCAACUUCCCAAGUAUAACAAAUACUCAAAGUUUUGAAAAAUUAAUGUAUGAUACAAAUAAAAAUAAUCAUUUGUUUACGUGUAACAAGGAUGAACAUACUUUGUUAAUCAUAGAAAUAUUGAAAUUAAUAAAUAAUAUCCUAAAUACAAAUAAAGAUAUUUAUAUAGAGAAAAAAAAUAUCCUUCACCUCAGUACCAUAUCCACCAAUUUAAAUGGAACCAAAAUAUUCCACUCUUAUAAUUAUAAUUACAUCCUUAGAAAAGUAUUGAAAUAUGACGAUUUUGCUAAUAUAUGUAGCAGAGCUCUAGAUAAUAUAUUGACAUAUUUAAUUGAUACCAAUAAUGUAGAAGAUAACAAUAGAAAAAAUAUAAUUGUGAAUUAUUUGAGAGAUAACAUUGAUGAUAUGAAUAGUGCUAUUGUUGAUAUGUAUAAAAAGUAUAAAAAUUUUUUUUAA